CAACGCCUGUCGGAAUGAAUUGUCAUCUAUGACCGUGUGGUGUUUCGCAUUAUCCGUUUCAUCGGUUUGGAAUGCAACUUUCCGUCAAAAGGAGAGUUCAGGUUAACGUUCAAUCGUGUGGAUUGGAAAUUUGCACGUCGGCCAGCUGGCUUCUGAAGAAAUUUGGCUGGUACUUAUCGGUGUCUAAUUUUUGGUCCAAUAUGUCAAAUCCUGCAGAGCGUUUAAAUUAUAUACAAGAUAGCAGUAGCGACACAGAGACGGACAAAGAAACAGGUAGCAGAGGACGACAUCGCAUUUAUAAGAAUCGAAUGAGUUGUGGUGGCUCUUCCAAACCAAAAUCUUGUCUGGUACAAAGAGACGGAAGCAAUGAAAGGCACUGUCAUUCCUUCAAUUCUGGCAGACAAAACACAAAUGUUAAUCAACAAAACAGACUUUGCUCUGGAGUUGGCAUCGGAAAAAGUCAACAAAGUCAGAGCAGGGAUAAUUUACCAUCAUCUGGAUCCAUAAGCGGUAUAAGCAAUCCGCAAGCUAGCGAUGAACGAAUUACUCUUAUUGUCGACAAUACCAGAUUUAUUGUCGAUCCAGCACUGUUCACUGCGCAUCCUAAUACAAUGCUAGGUAGAAUGUUCAGUUCGGGUGUCGAAUAUGCUCAACCAAAUGAACGCGGCGAAUACGAAGUUGCAGAUGGGAUAUCCGCUAUGGUAUUUAGAGCUAUCCUUGAUUAUUACAAGGGCGGAGUAAUUCGCUGUCCACCAACGGUUGCGGUUCAAGAACUUCGAGAAGCUUGCGACUACCUCCUCGUUCCGUUCGACGCUAGUACAGUGAAAUGUCAAAAUUUAAGAGGGUUAUUACAUGAGUUAUCUAACGAAGGCGCACGCUGCCAGUUUGAAGUCUUCCUCGAGGACUUAAUAUUACCACUGAUGGUAAACAGCGCGCGUAGAGGUGACCGUGAAUGUCAUAUUGUCGUUUUACUGGAAGAUGAUGUCGUCGACUGGGACGAAGAGUAUCCUCCGCAAAUGGGAGAAGAAUAUUCGCAAACUGUCAACAGUACCGCGAUGUACCGAUUCUUCAAGUAUAUCGAAAACAGAGACGUAGCCAAGCAGGUAAUGAAGGAACGUGGUUUAAAAAAGAUCCGUUUAGGUAUCGAAGGCUAUCCAACUUACAAGGAGAAGAUCAAGAAGAGAGCGGGUGGACGAGCCGAGGUCAUUUACAAUUACGUGCAGAGGCCUUUCAUUCACAUGUCCUGGGAGAAAGAAGAAGCGAAAAGUCGGCACGUCGACUUUCAGUGCGUCAAAUCAAAAUCUGUGACGAAUCUCGCGGAAGCCACUGCCGAUCCCGUACUAGACGCUGGCGGAAACCCGAUAGGGAUUGGUCUUUUGCAACCGUCGGAGCCAGUGUCUCAGCCGGAGAUCGUGUUGGCAGUCGGCUCUGAUGCCGACGUCGAAGGUGCCAUAGGUUUGCUAGCUGAUCAAGAUCUCGGGUCAGUACCGCCCGACGAGUUACCAUGAACGUUCGUUCCGAAAUUGAGGCUGAACAAACUACCAAGUAUUUACGGAUCGCUUUCUUCAUGCGUCAAUUUCUAAUGUUAGUCAGACUCGCUUACCUCACAGUUUCGUUUUAUAUUGGAUAAAUCAAGUUGAAAAAUCCAAAGUUGAUUUUUCCAAAGAGAAAGCUUCGACGUGUUUUACAUAUUUUUAUAAAGUAACCGAUAUUAGUUAAAUAAAAUCGCUUACAUUCAAACGGUGUUCCGAAUAAAGGGAAGCGGCGGGAGAGGAGGUCUUUCGUGGGUUAGGCAGUCUGAUAUCGACCCAGUCGGAACGAUAAUACCGUGAAAGUAUCGCAUCUCGUGGAUGUUCACCUAGUAUCUUGUGAUAGCCUUCGUACGUGGCGUUCAAAUUAGUUUAAUGAUAAUCGUUGCGACUUUUUCAAUUUUGUAUGUAACGUUAAACGUUUCUUAUAAUAAUUACGUGUCAAAUAUGAACCAAUGAUUCGUUCGGUAUGUAUUCACGAAAAGCAGUUUCCCAUUUUAUACGAUUAAUAAAGUUGAAUACCGUUUCCGAGUCUA